AUGGACCAUAGUUGUACAUGGUUGAACCUUCUGAGGUACUUCAGUGUUGCAAUUGGAAAGGACAGGCAUGCUAUGAAAACGAGAAGGAUGCAAGGGACAUUGAGAUACCAAAUAUUAGAGCUGAUGAUGAGAUUUAUAUAUACUGGAUCAGUUGAUCUCAUUGUUGAAAUUGCUCAAGAUCUCCUCCGAGCAGCUGAUCAGUAUAUGGAACAGGGACUAGCAAAUGGUUUUCUCAACAUUUAA